GCACGUUAUGCAAACAUUUGAUUUCUGCAAUUAAAUUGAAAUAUUCCAUCAGUUGUAGAAAUGUAAUUAACUUUUUGAAAUGUUUCUUACAUUUUCUCAGCUCCUGAUAGUUUUGAUUAAUUCCAUUGUUUUUACUCAGUUUUGUGUUAAAGCCGUCUCCAACCCAGAUGAUAAGUACUCGUUUGUAGCACUUUUAGAUAUCGUUUUAACAGACGGCGGCAAGAGAACAUGCACUGGGACCAUUAUUCACGACACCGUCGUUAUCACAGCCGCACACUGCUUUACCCAAGAACCCGAUGAUGAGAUCCAAGUUGAACUGACCGCGUGCUUUGUCGUUAUUGGUACAAAGAAGAUGUUUGACACUGGCUACGAACAAUACUUUCCUAUUGAACGGGUAGUAAUUCACCCAAAGUACAAGGGAUGGACCGCUGAUUUGGCUUUAGUAUUCACCUUUGCGAGUAUGGUCUCUGAUAAGCCCGGAAGAACCGUGCCAUUGGUCAGCGAUCAUAUGAAGACGGUUGUGGACGCGAAUGUGACGGUGCUCAGCUGGGGACAUUGUAAAGAUGAAGAUCAGAAUAAGCACACAGCAACUAUACAGCAACUUGAAGAGACAGGAAGCAGUAGCACGUCGCAUGAAGCUGUAGACCAACCUACAACGAAAAGUAAAAGAAAGAAAAGAAUGAAGCAUAAAACAAAAGGAAAACGUAAACAUAAUUCCUACGAAUUAAUAAGGGACUCCCCAAGUAUAAUGUCAAAAUUGGAUAUUCGUAAACAUAGAAGCGCGUAUCUCCAAACAACAGGCAAUGUAAUGUCGUAUUACAAAAAUAAUUGGCGUAGGAAAAUGGGAGCGCAGCAAAAUAAAUUAACAAUUGAAGUCUUCGGCUUCGUUAACGUUGCCAGUUGCAAAAAAAUUAUAGAAAAGGGAAAACCGACUGUGUAUCGGAUACAGAAUGUAAAUGAAAUAAUAUGUUAUUCGAAUGAAGAUCGCUACGUAAGCGCCGAAGACUCGGGCGCACCGGCCAUGAGACAUGGUCAUAUAGUGGGAGUGACAGUAGGAGGGGCAGAGUUCGACGGUGACCACGUUGCUGUGGCCAUGAAGAUCAGCUGUUUCUGUUCAUGGAUUGCUGAAAACUUACCUGAUGGAGGACCAAGUAUGCAAUGCUGCACAAACUGCUGCGAUAUCCAAAAACAAUCGAUGGAGUAUAGUGGAGAAGCAUUCCAUCAGACACGAAAGAAGAAGAAGAAGAUUUGAUAAUAAUUUAAUUACUGUCAGUAGUAUGA